AUGGCUACAGCGUCAACUUCGAGCGGUACUGAAGUGAUUUUCAAGCAGCAUAAAGUUGUGCCUGAUGUGAUUGCUCUAGCACCAAAGCAUUUUCUGAAGAUCACCUAUAAAGACGUAUUGGCUGAAAAUGGUAUUGAAUUAACACCGACACAGGUAGCGACACGUCCCACUGUCGCAUGGGAUGCCAAAAGUGAUUCACUUUAUACCCUUAUAAUGACCGACCCAGAUGCGCCCAGUCGCAAAGACCCCAAAUUUCGCGAAUUCCAGCAUUGGUUGGUCGCCAAUAUACCAGGAUCAGAUAUAAGCAAAGGUGACGAAUUAACUGCUUAUGUAGGUUCUGGACCGCCACAAGGCACUGGAUUACAUAGAUAUAUUUUCUUGGUUUACCAGCAACCAGUUAAAAUACGAUUUCAAGAGUCUCGUAUACCGAAAAACAGUAGCCAGAAUCGACCAAACUUUAGUACGGAUAAAUUUGCAAAGAAGCACAAAUUGGGUGACCCCAUUGCUGGUAAUUUUUUUCAAGCGCAAUGGGAUGACUAUGUUCCAAAAGUGCAUAGACAAUUGGCGGGAAAAAAUUAA